GAUAGAACGUUGGCAGCAGCAGCAGCAGCAGGUCGUGGUAACCUUACAGUUGUAAACUUGUAACAUCAGAUUUAAUGCAAUUCUGCUGUUACCAUGACGUUGGGAUACUAACAGUGGAUAUUUAAGUACCAAGGAUAUAUAUUAAGAAGAUAAUAUCAACGAGAACCAGUUUCGAAAACGUUCCGUAACGCCAAUGGACGAAAUCGGAGAAGAGCCGCAGUUCGUCGUCGACGAGGUGAGCAGCAUAAUCAGGGACGUGAUCGAAGAUGCCAUCGGAGGAAACGCGUACACCCAGACGAAAGUCAACCAGUGGGCGACCAACGUCGUCGAAUCCUGCCUGGGACACUUGACCAAAUUGCAAAAGUCCUUUAAAUACAUUGUGACCUGCUCUAUAAUGCAGAAGAAGGGUGCUGGCUUUCAUUGUGCGAGCUCCUGUUACUGGGACAACACCACCGAUGGGAGUUGCACAGUUCGUUGGGAAAAUAAAUCUAUGUACUGUAUCGUAUCUGUGUAUGGUUUAGCAAUAUGAUGAUAAUAAAAAGUAAUUCCAUCAAUAACAUAAAUAUGAUUCCCGCCUGUAAAUUUUACCUUCUUGAGAAAAACGGAGAUUAUAUUUUUUUGGUUUUAUUCAACACUUCAAUUCUAACGCUGCACUUCUUUCCUUUACAAACAAAAUCAAAAGUUAGGUAGUUUUAAGAUUAAAAAUUUUAAUUUUACUCUAUGAAAAAAUAAUGAAUAAAAAUAUUUAUUGCCUUCUUUUGGUUUUGAAAAUCAAAUCUCAUAUUCGUAUCUUGUGAUUUUUUUUUUUUUUUGAAGAAUAUAUGUAUUAAUUUUUAGGCAUUUUUGCUUCCUGAUCGGGAUGAUGUGAUGAAUGUAAUUUUAACUUCUCAUGUAUUUUUUGUAACUAUAUAAUUUAUUAAUAUAUAUAUUGCAACAGUGGUAGU